AUUCAGUCGUUCUUUGGACAGCAGUGUCUACAGGCUGUUCUGGGGCCGCGUUCCGCGAACUUCGAGAUACAAGUUAAGGGCACCAAACCGGACCAGAAGGUCGUGACGUGAGUGCGCUUAGAGUAGUAGACUUGGAUGAGUCAAGUGACUUUGAACGCGAGGAAAGUUCUGUUCUAAGGAUUACUGAGACACGUCGUCAUCGUUUCUAUUCUAAACUAGGGGUGUUCAGACAGUGUCUUCGUUUGAGUUUCAGAAGUGUGCCUUAUCGCUGAUUGUGAAUAAUUGCGAUUCUUGCCAUUGGUGUUGCUGACACGGAUAUGCAGAGAGUCGUUGUCCAUGCAAAUAGUAAACGAAUGAAUGUGUAAACAGAGCAGUUGUGUGUUACGUAGAGUCAUACCAAUAAUUACCCUUUGAAUGAGGUGAUAGAAAGCACAGAACGAAGCAAGUGAACGAAAGAAAAAACCAUGUCGGAAGCAAACGAAAGCAGCAGUAGCAGUGUCACUAAUAAUCUACUCGACGACAACAGGAAAAAUGGCGCCGUCCGAGUGCAGAUUGUUCCGUCCCAGCCGAAAACCCUGUCGCAUCUACCGACGCGGCCAGCCGUGGAUCUGGCCUUCCACAAUCUCACCUACCGGGUCAAGGAAGGACGGCGAAACAAUGUGAAAACCAUUCUGAAGGAGGUAAGCGGCAAGCUUCGUUCCGGCGAACUGACGGCCAUCAUGGGACCUUCGGGAGCUGGCAAGAGUACGCUGCUAAACAUCCUCACCGGUUACAAGACCACAAACAUCGAAGGUUCCAUCACCAUGAAUGGAAAGGAACGUAACCUGAGCCAGUUCCGCAAGCUGUCGGCCUACAUUAUGCAGGACAAUCAGCUGCACGCCAAUUUGACCGUUCAGGAAGCGAUGCACGUUGCUGCCAGUCUCAAGCUGAGCCAAAAAGUGGAGAAAACCGAGAAGUUGCAUGUGAUCAAGGAAAUCCUGGAAACUCUCGGCCUGGAUGAGCACCGUGCCACCCUAACUAGGAAUCUCUCCGGAGGACAGCAGAAGCGUCUCUCGAUUGCACUCGAAUUGGUCAACAAUCCCCCAAUAAUGUUCUUCGACGAACCAACAUCCGGUCUGGAUAGCUCGACCUGUUUCCAGUGCGUCAGCUUGUUGAAAUUCCUAGCACGGGGUGGCCGAACGAUCAUCUGCACCAUUCAUCAACCGUCGGCUCGGUUGUUCGAAAUGUUCGAUCAGCUUUAUACCCUUGCCGAUGGUCAGUGCGUGUACCAGGGUAACACCAAACAGUUGGUGCCCUUCCUGGGAACGCUCGAUCUGGAGUGCCCGUCGUACCACAACCCGGCCAGCUACAUCAUUGAAGUAGCUUGCGGUGAACACGGAGACCACACGCGCAAACUUGUGAAUGCCAUCGACAAUGGCAAACGAGACGUCCGGGGCGAACUGGACUUCCCAGCGCUGAAAAACAAGAAGAACGAAAAUGGAAACGCAAACGCCAAUCUGAAAUCCAACUACGAUAAGCUCAAUGGCAACAGCAACAAAUACGCCGAUAAUUUGAACCUGGGAGGUAAUGGUCUGCUGCCGUCUUCGAUGGUGAACGACAUUGCCAAGCAAACCACCACCGAAACUAUUAAGAUCAACGUGGAACCGGAAAAGGAACCCGAGGUGAACACCGCUCUAUUGCCGAUCGAUGGACAGCUGGACGCUGGACUCUCACCGGAGCGGUACCCAACUUCGGAGUUCCAUCAGUUCUGGGUUGUGCUGAAGCGAACGUUGCUUUUCAGUAGACGUGAUUGGACACUUAUGUAUCUCCGUUUGUUCGCUCACAUCCUAGUUGGAUUCUUAAUCGGUGCAUUAUACUACGAUAUCGGAAACGAUGGCGCCAAGGUGUUGAGUAACCUCGGAUUCUUGUUCUUCAACAUGCUGUUCCUGAUGUACACUUCGAUGACGAUUACGAUUUUGUCCUUCCCUCUCGAGAUGCCCGUCUUGCUAAAGGAAAACUUUAAUCGAUGGUAUUCUCUUCGGUCGUACUACCUUGCGAUUACGGUGUCAGACAUUCCAUUCCAGGCAAUUUUCUGCAUAUUCUACGUGUCAAUCGUGUACUACUUCACGUCGCAACCACUCGAGUGGUUCCGCUUCGCAAUGUUCUUGGGUUCCUGUUUGCUGAUUUCGUUCGUAGCCCAAAGUGUCGGUCUGGUGGUCGGCGCCGCUAUGAACGUACAAAACGGCGUGUUCCUGGCUCCGGUGAUGUCCGUUCCGUUCCUGCUGUUCUCCGGAUUCUUCGUGUCGUUCGACGCCAUUCCAAUCUACCUGCGGUGGAUUACCUAUCUGUCCUACAUCCGGUACGGUUUCGAGGGAACUGCCCUGGCCACCUAUUCGUACGGUCGCGAGAAACUCAAGUGUCACCAGGUGUAUUGCCACUUCAAAUCGCCGACAACUACGCUCGAGGAGCUGGAUAUGCUCGACGCAAACUUCACUCUGGAUAUUGUAGCUCUGGUAAUCAUUUUUGUAGUUCUGAGAGUCGCCGCAUUCCUGUUCCUGCGAUGGAAGCUCAAAACUACCAGAUAAGUUAUGGCCUAACACAGAUCAGCUUUACAGAAAAGCAAUGUUAUUUUUUAUGAUUUUUUUUGUUCAAUAUUAUACAAAGUUAUAAGAAGAUUAGUUAUUAGUGAAGGGGAUUAGAAUAAUCUUACACCAAAACAUUGUGAUGACGGGAGCAAUAAAUGAACCAAUUUUGUGACGAAGAUUGGUGAAAUGACCUAAGAUAGCUAUUUUCUACCAAUAAAUAAUGGACAAAACAGCAUAAAUAUAUGCGCAUCAGGAAACUAUAUGAGGCUGUGCUUCAACUAGAAAUUUGAAAUGCAAAAUUCAACUAUAUUGGGUAUCAAGAAAAAACAAAGUUUACACAUUUUCAAAUACUAACAAUGUCAAUGGAAUAAGGACUUUGAAUAUAUUAGAACAGUUAUGAUAUUAUUGAAAAGGAGCUUAUUCAGUAGAACCUUUUGUAAUGUUUUACAACAAACCUUUGAAAGUACCAAUUGUGAUAGCAUUUUGAAUGGAAAAAAUAAACGGAGUAAUACCCUA